CGAGACAAGCUAGCAGAAAGCCGAGAGAAAUUAAAAGAUGCCUGAAUACUGCGUAACAGGCGGAACGGGCUUUAUUGCGGCUUACCUGGUGAAGGCCUUGCUAGAAAAGGGUCACACUGUACGGACAACCGUACGAGAUCCAGGAGAUGUGGGAAAAGUUGGGUUUUUGAAGGAUUUUGACGGAGCAAAAGAGAGGCUUAAGAUUUUCAAAGCAGAUUUGAUGGUGGAAGGAAGCUUUGAUGAGGCUAUUCAAGGCGUUGACGGUGUUUUCCACACUGCGUCUCCGGUGGUCGUUCCUUAUGAUGACAAUCUUCAGACGACCUUGGUUGAUCCAUGCAUAAAGGGCACUUUGAAUGUGCUAAAAUCAUGUGCAAAAUCAGCUAGUGUGAGACGGAUUGUGUUCACAUCUUCCUGCUCUUCAAUAAGAUACAGAUAUGAUGUUCAGCAAGUGUCUCCUCUCAACGAGUCUCAUUGGAGUGAUCCUGAAUACUGCAAACACUACAAUCUCUGGUAUGCGUAUGCGAAGACUGUGGCGGAGAAAGAGGCCUGGAAAUUCGCCGAGGAGACGGGAAAGGACCUAGUUGUGGUGAAUCCUUCUUUUGUAGUUGGCCCUCUGCUAGCACCACAACCAACUAGUACCCUGCUUCUCAUACUCUCUAUAGCCAAAGGCGCAAAAGGUGAAUACCCAAAUAUGACAGUGGGGUUUGUGCACAUAGACGAUGUGGUAGCUGCUCACAUAUUAGCAAUGGAGAAUAGCAAAGCAUCAGGCAGGCUUAUAUGUUCAAGCUCAGUGGCUCCUUGGUCUCAGAUCAUUGAGAUGCUAAAAUCCAAAUAUCCAUCCUACCCAUUUGAGAACAAGUGUAGUAACCAGGUAGGAGACAAUAAUCCACAUAGCAUGGACACUAGUAAAAUCACUCAACUUGGUUUUCAUGCUUUCAAGACUCUUGAUCAGAUGUUUGGUGACUGCAUCAAAAGUUUCCAAGAUAAGGGAUUUCUGUGAAAUAUCCACAACCACUUGAUCUUUUGCAGGAACUGAGUUAUGGAUGAAGGACAUAAAUCCAUGCAUCACUAAUUCGGAUUGUUAUAUGUUCAUGACUUUCAAGUUUUGAAUAAGACCAUCUAAAACUGAAAUGAGAUAGGAAUGGAGUUAGUAACAACUCUAAUAGCGCACACACUUUGUUUGCUAGGGAAGACAAUUCUCUAAAGUUAUUUUAUAACUAGUGUUCCACUUCAUAGCCACACAAUAUAAAGAACAAGUUUUAACUCCUUAAAUUAUAGCAUAUACAUAUUGAUGUUUGUGCCG